AUCGAUGGCAUGGAUGAUUAUGGAAAUCCUCGACAGAGUGGACAAUUCAACAGAAACUGUGAAAAUGGGAGAAAGCCAGCUUUGGACAGUCAAGUUGUAGAAAGGAGGAAAUCUGAGGCUUCCAUUGAGCCAUCCAUCACUGCCAAGGACAGUAAGAGUCAGCAACCAAGGAAAAAUGAGGUUGCUGUGAGGCUAAAUAAACCAGAAACUGCUGAUAAUGGCCCUGUCAGACACCCAAAAUCAACUAUGCAGCGAAAAAGCAAUAUAGAGCCAAAGAAGCAGCCAAAAAUAGAGAACAAUACAAUCCCAAAGAAACCUCCCAUGAUUCAGAAAGAUAAAUCCAAGUUUUCAAAUGAAGCUGCAGUCCAAGUAAAGCUAGAGGCCACUAAUAGCAAACUUCAUGAGCGUUAUCAACAAGUUGAAAAUGCUAAGAGGCAGAGGACAAUACAAGUUCUAGAAAUAAGUGGCCUCUAG